GUUGCGUAGAGUGUUAUGUAAAAUGGGCCUCAUAUUAAAGCCCGUUUGAUGUGUAAUAUUACGAUUGGUUAAGUUCUUUUGCCACCGCACGCUUCUCUACUCUCUAGCUCCGGCCAAGCCAACAGUCAACAGUACUUACAACGAUGGCUUCGAUUCCGGUGUGGUCUAGGCACGAUGACAAGCGAUUUGAGUUAGCUCUGAAGCACUUCUCGCAGGGUUCGCAGGAUUCGCAGGAAUUAUUGAAGAAGAUAGCCCUGCAUAUUGAGAAACCUUACGAGGAGGUGAAGGAGUACUACUUAGCGUUGGUCUACGAUGUUGGACUGAUCGAAUCAGGUAGGAUUGCUAUACCUAAGUACGACGAAGACUAUUACGUGCCACUGAAGGAAGCGACUGAGUCCAAAAGCCAGGUCAUUGAAAAAGCCAAGGGAACUCCUUGGUCAGCAGAGGAACAUAGUCGGUUUCUGGAUGGACUAAAGAAGUAUGGGAAAGGAGAUUGGAAGAACAUAGCAAGGGAAUGUGUGAAGUCAAGGAGCCCGACGCAAGUGGCAAGCCAUGCUCAGAAGUAUUUCUUAAGGCAAAGUUCUGACAGUAAGAAAGGGAAACGCUCCAGUAUCCAUGACAUGACUCUAGGACAUACGGACAACGUGACCGACCCAACUGGAUCCAACAUGAGUUCUAUGGACCAGCAGCCACAUUCUGUUGACCAACCUCCUCUGGAUCAGUAUUACACAGCAGCCUUUUUGAUGAUUAAUUGAUUAUGAUUUGUGUUUAGCUGUAUUAUUAAAGGCUUGGGAGAUUUGUUUGGUUUAUAGGAGGGUUUUUGAGUUUUGGUUUCUACUUUCUAGUGUAGAGUUUAGUUUUAUAAGAAACUUGAAUGACAAUUUGAUUUAUAGUUGAUGGGUGUUUAGCUAUAUAAGACAGGUUUGAACAAACUAUAAAAUGUUAGUUGAUGUUAUAAUGAAGAAGAACUCGAGGAGAUUAGAGCUCGGUUCGCCAAAGUUAGAUCUUAAUUCAUGUAUAUCAAGUGUGUGUACUGUGGUGAGUUUUCUUAUAACCGCGGUUUCUAUCUCUGAAGAGGUGUUGAAAACAGGGGAAGAUAUAAGCUUUUUUUGGUCAGUGAUAGUGUUACUUGUAUAGUUUGAUAGAAAUGUUAGCUUUAGUGUUUGUUAGGGAGGUUUUGGUUAUGUGUAAAGUUUUUGGAUUUGGAGAAGGAGAGAAACCAAUUCAGUUUUGGUUCA